UACGCUCGACACUCGCUUGCGAAUGUUUAUGAAUCAUUGAAUGUAUACGGGGCCAAACGAUCAUUGAUCAUAUUUAAUCGUGUAUCUUACAUCUUUCAGCUGACCGUGUACUAGCCAAAGGGCGGUGAGAUUGUAGUCGUAGAAGAGCAAGUGCAGGCGAGAAAGAGUUCUUCUGAGUCGAGGCGACACCGCUGCCAUGUUGCUCUGGUUCCCGAGCCUCGCCCUGCGCGCCGCGCGUACAGGAGCUGUGUGUCGACGUGCGACAAUGCUAGCGAGCACGCAGCAGCGCUGUCUCCGCACGCGCUCCCGCCGUCCGAUCGCCGCGGCGAUGGCGACUAACCCUCUCGCGACCCCGUCCGCACUCCCGUUGCUCACCGCCGCACGUCGCUACAGCAACAACACGGCAUCGUCAGGAAAACUGUCGUCGUCAGGGAAGCAAUCGUCAGGGAAACCAUCGUCAGGGAAACCGUCAUCGGGGAAGUCAUCGUCGGGGAAACCGUCGCCGGGCGCAUCUCCGCCGUCGUCCGACAAGCCUCACUGCAACAUCGGCACGAUCGGUCACGUCGACCACGGCAAGACGACGCUGACGGCCGCCAUCACGCGCGUCCUAGCCGAGGACGGACUCGCCACCUACACGAGCUACGAGGCGAUCGACCGUGCGCCGGAGGAGCGAGCGCGAGGCAUCACCAUCAACGCCGCGCACGUCGAGUACGAGACGGCGGCGCGGCACUACGCGCACACGGACUGCCCCGGCCACGCCGACUACGUGAAGAACAUGAUCGCCGGCGCGUCGCAGAUGGACGCGGCGAUCCUCGUCGUCGCGGCAACCGACGGUGAGAUGCCGCAGACGCGCGAGCACCUGCUUCUCGCGCGGCAGGUCGGGGUGGACCGCGUCGUCGUCUACGUGAACAAGGCGGACGCCGUCGCCGAAGACGUUCUGGAGCUCGUCGAGAUCGAGGUUCGCGAGACGCUGACGAGACACGGAUACGACGGCCUCGAGACGCCCGUCGUCUGCGGCAGCGCCCUCCUCGCGCUCCGCGGCGACGGUGGCGCCCUCGGCGUGCCGUCGAUCCGCGCGUUACUCCGGGCGGUCGACGAACACGUGCCGACGCGUUGCCGCGACGACGACGCGCCGUUUCUCAUGCCCAUUGAAUCGACGUUCACCGUUCCCGGGCGCGGGACGGUCGCCGUGGGAACGCUGCAGCGCGGCACGCUGCGCCGCGGCGACGACGCCACGCUCGUCGGACACGACGCCGUCGUCCGCACCGUCGUCAGUGACGUUCAGGUGUUUCGGCGCACGGUCGCGUCGGCGUCGGCCGGGCAAAACCUCGGCGCGCUCCUGCGCGGUGUGAAACUGGAGACGGUGCAGCGCGGGAUGGCGCUGUGCGCGCCGGGGACCGUCGCCGCCGGCAACCGCUUCGAGGCGAACGUCUACUUGUUGACGCGCGACGAGGGCGGGCGCUCGCGGCCCGUCGCGGGGAAGUACGUGCAGCAGCUGUUCAGCCACACGUGGGACGUUGCGUGCCGCGUCGACGCGAUCGCCGCGGACAUGGUCAUGCCGGGAGAGAGCGCGCAGGUGGCGCUAGCGUUGACGAGACGCAUGCCGCUGACGCUCGGCCAGCGGUUCACGAUACGCGAGAACAAGCGAACGGUGGCGACGGGCGUCAUCACGCGGGUGCUGCCGAACGUGCUGCUGACGAAGAAGAUGGAGAUUCAGGAGAUUGCAGAGUGAAUCCUCCGCACUUACGUCUGCUGUACUGCGACACGCGCAUGGGUCUAAUGGCAGGUGCAAGUGUGUGAUUCCGCAAAUUGCUUUCAGUAUCGAAGAGUGAAUCUGUACGUGGUAACGGGUGAAUGACGAAAACUUUCAUUAUUCAAAUUUGUCAUUUUGCCAUUUGUCAUUUUUCACAUUUCUCAUUAUAUUCACUCCUGGUGGCAUGUUUUACGCGGUACGUUGCUGUACUGGAACACUCUAUGCAAGCAUCUAAUGCAUGACAUCUAACGUCCAUUGCGAUAUUUAGCGGCACGGUAGUCAAGAUGAGCCUGCAGACAUUUAGUUUUUAAAUGUUAAUUAUCAUCGUUUUCGUUUCAAGAUCGAAUAGUGAAUCUGCCGUGAACGUCUGCUGCUGUGCUAGGAUGCGCUAUGCAAGCAGAACGCAUACCCUCCUAACGUCUGGUUGAAGUGUGUGAUUGCACAAAUGGCUUUCAGUAUCAAUUUCAAAUGAUAUUCAACGUUGUGGUAGCCAAGAUGGCCAUACGUUUAAUUUUUGAAUGUUAUCGUUUUCGUUUCAUUAUUUUUUCGUUUUGUCUAUUUGUAAUUCAUU